CGGCCGCCCCGAGCCCAUCCCGUCCCCUCCCCGCCGCCCGGGAGGAAGAGGAGGGCCUUCACCUGCCCCGUCCUGCCCCGCCAGGUGCCAGGUGGAGCAGGAAGCUCCGGUGUCGCCGGAGGGGACCCGCGCCCGCCUCGGGGCCGGGCCCAUGCGGGGAGAUGGCGGCGGGCCGUGCGCUGGCCGCGCUGCUGGCCGCCCUCCUGGCCGCCUCGGCGCAGCUCCUUCAGCGGGAAGCUUCCUUUACGAUCGCUCUUCGUACGGUGGACAAUGUCACGGUUAUGAUUAAACUGCGACCUGGUGUUUUGGUGGGCUGUCAAAUUCGUGUUAAAAAUUUCUUCAGGUCUGAACUCAAGAUAAAGCCUGGGGAUAACGUGACUUUUACCUUCACUUGUAGUACUCCAGAGAAGUAUUUCAUCAUGGAAAUUCAGAAAAAUAUUGACUGUGUGUCAGGUCCGUGUCCCUUCGGAGACGUUCAUCUUUACCCACUGGGGCUACCUCGCCUUAACAGGACUUUCAUCUGGGAUGUGAAGGCAAGUACAAAGGCUGGACUUGAACUGAAAUUUUCUACCCCGUGGCUAAGACAGAUUGAACCGGGAGAGACAUGCCCAGAUUUUGUUAGCUACAAUAUCAACAGCUGCAUCGAUAAGGCCACGGUCAACAUUGGCACCUUCUGCAGGAACGGCUCAGUGUCUCGUGUCAAGCUGCUGGGAGGAGUCAUCAUGUCUCUGCAUCUCCCAUGGAACUCGCCGCUCACCACCUCGGGCUUCAACAUAGCUAACAGGGCUUCCAUAAAACGGUUAUGCAUUAUUGAAUCCGUUUUGAAGGGGGAGUCUUCAGUCACCUUGAUGUCCCCAAACUACCCGCUGGGCUUUCCAGAAGACGAGCUCAUGACGUGGCAGUUUGUGAUUCCUUCCAGCAUGAGAGCAAGCGUGUUUUUCCACAACUACAGCCUCUCCAACUGCGAAAGGAAAGAGGAGAGGGUGGAGUACUACAUCCCCGGCUCCCUCAGCAACCCGGAGGUGUUCAAGCUGAGCGACAGCCAGCCUGCCAAUAUCCCUGGCAGUUUCAACCUGUCCCUGCAGGGCUGCGACCAGGAUGCUCAGAACCCGGGCAUCCUCCGCUUGCUCUUCCAAGUUGUCGUUCAGCACCCGCAGGUCGAUGAGAAUGUCACCCAUUUGGUUGACCUGAGCAAGGAAUUGAAUAUGACUGUAACGAUACACUUCGAAGGGUGGCCCAGCCGCAUCCCAGUCAUGUCUGAACCGAUAUGCCUGAUCUGUAAGGAUCCUCGCACCUGCGACCGCGUCUUGACUUUAGUGUCUGGCGCCAUCUACAAGAUCUCCUUUCUCUGCAAGGACUUGUCCCGUCUGAGGAUCACAGCUGAAAAAGGCAUAAGCUGUGUCGAUCUUCAGUGGUGUCAGAGGAAGAUCUUUUACCUUUUGGUGCCCAAGGCUAUUACCCAAUUGCCAAUUCAACUGCAUAAGUUUAUUUGGAAGCUCUUGGCUCCCGAUCUGAUCAACAUAGAAAUUACGUCUCCGUCCUUGAAACUUCAGCAACAUGUCCCAGAGCAGAGGUGCAACACAAGCUACAGUUACAGCAUUGUUGGUGCCACCCCAGAGACGGAGUUGAAUGUUGGUGUAUUCUGUCCUGGUGGAUCCGUUGAAAAGAUUCAGAUGAGGAAUAACGUCACCAUAUCCUUAAAAACAUUUGGUAAAAGAUUCCUCAAUGAGUCUAAGCAUCAGGAUCUGCAAAUGUCUUUUGUGCCACAUAUUAAAGAUGAGUGCUCUUUCACUGUGAGUCCAGAUCCAAAAGCUAAAGUUUACUUGCAGACUCCCAACUGGCCGUAUGGUCUACCUCCUUAUGUAUCCAUAUCCUGGUACGUUGUCGUGCCCAAGAAGCAAGUUGCCCGCCUAGGGUUCUCCAAGGACCGCAUGGGCAUCGCUUGUGAGACGGGACGUGCCUAUGUCAACAUAAAGGAAGAGACAGCGGGGGCAGAGGAAACCGUGCGCCGUGAGGAUGAGCCUCUGCCCGAGCCCCGAAAUAUGUAUCAUGACUUCUGGGUAAAUGUCUCCAACUGUAAACCCGUGGAUAAGACACAGCUGACCUUGCAGUUCCGGGUGACCCUUGCUGACAAGCAGAUAGACCUAGGAGUAAUACUUGCUGUGCUGGCUGGGGCUGGAGUUCUCGCGGCUAUUGGACUCACUGUGUGCUGUGUUAAGAAGAAGAAGAAGAAAAGCCAGAAUCCCAUGGUGGGAGUGUACAAUGCUAACGUGAAUACCCAGGUGCCUGGAAAACAAGGAUUAUUCACAAAAGGGAGGAAAAACAAUGAGUCUCAUGUCUAUGCAGUUAUCGAUGAUGCUAUGGUCUAUGGGCACUUGCUGAAGGAAUCCAAUGGCUCAGUCUCUCCAGAAGUUGAUGUGUACAGGCCGUUUGAUGGACCCAUUGGUAGCUUACCGCCUUCUCCACCUCCGUUGUCCUUCAGAAAAGACAUUAAACGCUCUUCUAACACUGAGGAACCUCCACCUCUGACAGACACAGACCAUGACACUUACACGUUUGCUCAUCAGAAAUCAGGGCAGUCAGAGGACAUUGGAGAUACAAGUGAAAAGAAUAAUGGAGAUACAAGCACGUCCUUGCUGGAAAAUAAGGAACAGGAUGGUUUAGUGGAGUAAUUUUAUGCCAGGUAUAGCAGUUUCCUGUGGAAAUAGAGGUGACCUGUAAGGACAAGGGCCUAGGGAAAAAUACUGAAGAGGAGUGUUAUUUUAAAAUGUGUUUUGAUGUUGUGUUGUUUUGUUUUGUGUGUGUGGUUUUGGUUUGUUGUUUGGUCGUUGUUUUUGGUUUUUUUUUUAAACUUAGCUGUUAUAGCUUUCAGUUUUAGAGUGAACAUCUAUCAAACUCAAAAACAGUUGAAACACUCCAGGACUGCAUGUACUUCUGGUUGUGAAACAGGAGGCAAAGGUACGCUCCUGCUUUUUAGUAUAAAGACAUCAGGAAAAUGAACUAACUGCCAGCUUAAAUAGAGCGGGGAGAGUGUUUUUGUCCAGAAUGGCCUCCUCUCUCACGAGUCAUUUGUUCCCGAGUGUUGGUUGGUGACUCCUUGAAGGCGUAGGCUACAUCGCCGUCUCAAGGCAGGUCCAGGUUGCAGAGAUGUCAAAUGUCUGCGAUCUGCUAAUGUCUGAGAAAAGGAGGGGAUGCUGUCAUUCCCAUCACUCGCUGCUUGAAAGUUCAUCGUUAUUUAGCAUACUGGUGGCUAUGUAAGUGUAAUGAAAGACCACGUAUGCUGCCUGGAAGAGCUCUGUGUGUGUAAAUCGGUUUGAACGCUUGAGUUUGGGCUCUUCUAGUUUGGAAGUAAAGUUAUGUGUUUUCUCUAAUUUCCAACUGAUGCUAUAAUACUUGGAUAGCGCUGUGUGAGCCUGUUCCAAAGACUUGUGUUUUCCUUGCUUUUCUUACAAAAACAGUUUCAAAAGUCUAAAACAAUCUGUGCUUCUCUUCAGAUGCCUGUAGCAUUCACAUUUUACUAAAACCUUGUGCUUUUGGCUCGAGUUAAGAGUAAGGAUUCAGUGCAGAAAUAGCGAUGUGGUCAUCUGGCUGUUUAUUAAUGCAUUUCACUGCACAUGUUAGAGGUGUGUGAUUGUUUAAAUAAGGACCCAAAAAAGGAGUAAAGAAAACAGAUUAUUUCCAGCAGGUGGUUUCUCUGAAAUGCAAAGUAUGAGAGUGAAUCCCUAAGGAAAGCCUAGGUAUUUAUUUUCUAUCAAUCUGAAUUUAACGACCGUGUUGAAGUGAUGGUGGGGACAGCUCUUGAUUUGUAGUGGGACUUACACUUCAGUCAGCUGGCUGCCUUUGAAAGCCACCUCUUGAGAUCAGGUAAAUAACAGGUCUCAUUUUUAAGCGCUAUAGCUAGCAUGCCCCUCAGUUUAUGUGCCUUUUAAAACUUGAGGGUCAGAUCUUCAUGCAGAGGACUACGGGUAUACGAAUAAAGUUGCCUUUUAUAUACAAACACCUGGCUUGUCCAGGUGUGCAGGUACUGAGGAUGUUUGCAGCCAAAGGCCCGACCACUUGAUAGUUUCUCUCCAAAUGUCUCAUUGUGACUGUUUCCUGCCUAAGGAUACACAAAGGUGCCAUAAAACUUUUAGACAGUGUUAGAUGCAGUAAUGUUAAACACGUAAUAAUGUCUGAAAUUAAAACGUCUUUACCAGAAACCUUACUGUUUACAUCAAAAAAGAAUGUGGAUUUCUUCCCGUGUUACCUAUGCUGGCAUUGCAAAUUGCCUAUUUACAUGGUGAGAUGUGUGUUUUUACACAACGUAUACUAUUAUACUGCUUGGACCGCUAUAAAAAUUAAGUAUAAUGUUGUAUCUGACUCGGUUUUCUGUAGCAUAUAGCAAAACGUGUGCCAUCUAAAGGUGCCUUUUAAUUGUUUCAGGUAUUUUCCUGCUUAUAUUUAUCACUUUUAAUGUAGAAAUGUGUAUUCCUAGAUCUCUGGCUACUCACUGGGAUCACGUAUUUCAAAGUGUACUGCGUCAUUUUAAUGUCAUUUGAGAACUUUAAGAAGAUUUCUGCCAUACUGCUAUCUGUUUUUCUCAGGUAACUGAAUUGCCACAAUACAUUUUUAUCGGAGCAGUCCAGUUGUGCUUUCAUCUGGUCCAUGUUUCUCACUUCUCUUUUACUGAAAAGGAAUGAGAAGUCUGUAAGAGAAAGUCAAGUUUGUCUCAUCCCUCUGGUUCAGUUUCUGCCAUUGCUUAGAUGAAAUCUUUUAAUUCAUGUUCUCUCUAACCAACUGAAGAAAAUGUAAUAGAGGUAAGGCUUUUGUUCACAGCCUCUCGAUGUUUGAAGGAAGAACAUGAUGCUUGUUGAUCGUUAUUUUUAUUUGUUCUAUUUUAACUCAACUUUGGGUAUGGCAAUAUAAACCUUAUUUUACAGUUGUUUCCAGUCUAAGGUUGACUUCCACUGUGCUUACUUUGGUAUGUUUAGAGUAAGAGUUCAGACAGAAAUUCCAAUUUGCUUCUCAUUAAGAGGAACU